ACUUGGUAAGGAUCCCAUGUCACCAGUGCUGCUGCCCUGCUGGAUGACUGGCUGGGAAGUUCCAAGCUGUGAGAAGGCUAUGAUUAUGGAGGAAAUGGAAAGUAGCAAUUGAUGGAUAAAUUACAAGCUCCAAGGAGUGCCUUGCAUAAUUAUUGUUGUAGUCUGGGCUUGUUGUGGAUAUAGCAGCAUGCCUAAAGGAUGCGACAACCCCAUAAACAUCUGCUGGUGUCUUGGGCCAAUGAUUGCUCUUAAAAGAAGGUAAAGAUGUUUUUUCACCAGGUGGGGCCUACUGUGCUGGGCGUAUAAAUAAAUGGAGAGUUUGGUGGCUCAGAGCUUCCCCUGAGUUUCAGCACUGACAACUCGUCCACUUGACUUGAACCCAACUUACAGGAGCAGAAUGAAAACUGCAGGUGUCUUUGUGAUGCUGAGCCUGGCUAUAUUCUGCUUCUUCUCAGAUGUUACCAGCCAACGUGAGGGAGAGGCUAUUGACUGCAGUGAGUUUGAUAACAAUGAACCAUACUGCACCAGGGAAUCUAACCCUCACUGCGGCACAGAUGGCCACACCUACGGAAACAAGUGUGCUUUUUGCAAGGCAGUUGUGAAAAGUAAUGGGAGUCUCGGUCUCCUGCACAUGGGAAAAUGCUCUUGAAGGUUUCACUGUUGCAGCUGAACACUGAGAUGUCAUGUUCUACUCUGCACUGGUGAAUGCUUGGAGAAGCUCUAUGUAGGGGUGUGAGCUGUCAUUGCUACUGUGCUCCCCUCCCCGCUUUGGGCUCCUGGUGAUGCUACUGUCUCCAGCACACAUCUUCAAUAAAGCCAAACUCAGCAGAA